AUGGCCCCAAAACGCACCGCCGCACCAGCAGCAACAACAGGCCCCGUCCCCGCGCCCUCACCACCCACCAUGCCCUCCGCAUCAUCAUCAUCCUCCGCACCCGCAGCAUCCUCCUCCUCUCUUCUUUCCUCCGGCCCCAAAACCCUCACCCAGAACUCCUCUAUCUACGACAUCGCUCACACGGUCUGGCAGCAGUAUUUGGCUACUACGCCGCAGCGCACAAUGCUGCUUGAUGCGUUCAUGGGAUUCUUGGUGCUCGUUGGUGGUGUGCAGUUUGUUUAUUGUGUUGUUGGGGGGAAUUAUCCGUUCAAUGCCUUCCUGAGUGGGUUUUGUGCCGCUGUAGGACAGUUUGUUCUUACGGCGAGUUUGAGGAUGCAGACUAGUGCUGCUACUUCGUCUUCUUCUUCGACUGGGGGUGGUGGUGGUGGUGCGAAAGGGAAGGGAGGGAAGAAGGUUGUCAAGGGAGAUGCUGCGGAGGAAGGGAGUGGUGGUGUUUCGGCUGAGAGGGCAUUCGCGGACUAUGUCUUUGGGAGUUUGAUUCUGCAUUUCUUUUGUAUUAACUUUAUUAACUAG